AUGGUACCGGUCUACGAAAGCCUGUCAAAAUUUCGCAGACACUGCGUUAUGUUUUGAAGGCUGUAGUUUUUAAGUAGUUGAUUUAGUUAAAUUAGCUUAUAAAUUAGAUUAAUAGUCAUCCAUACUGAAAUGUGAUAGUGUUCAUCUAAUCGCAGAUAGUUUCAAACAUUUAAGUUCGUCAAUCAUUUCCACCAUGCGUAUCUUACGUUACACCCACAACAGCCCUAGGGCAAUGUACAAAAUGCUAAAAACUAAAAUAAUCUCGAACGAAUACGGCGAAUAUCAAUUCUUGCAACAAAGCAAAAUUCCAACGAUGCAUUUCCAAGCUUCACUACCCAGAUUGCCCAUACCCAAGCUCGAACUGACCUGCGAAAGAUACUUGGCAGCCCAAAAACCGCUGCUAAUCGACGAAGCGUACGGCAAAACCGAAUUCAAUGUUAAGCAGUUCAAAAAGGACAUGGGCAAGUACUUGCAGGAAAAGCUGAUCGAAUAUGACAAAGAAAACAAGUUCACCAGCUACAUAUCCGAGUAUUGGUUCGACAUGUAUUUGCGCGACAGGAAACCGUUGCCUAUUAACUACAACCCCAUGUUGGUCGUCCACAAUGACCCCAGACCCGAGUACAACAGUCAAUUAGUCAGAACCACCAAUAUGAUCAUAAGUUCCUUGCGCUUCUACAAGUCGCUUAAGGCCGGCCUGUUGGAGCCUGAAGUCUUCCAUUUGAACGCCAAAAAGAGCGACACCGACACGUUCCGCAACGUGUGCAGCUUGUUGCCCGAAACUGUGUCCUGGUACGGUGCCUACUUGAUGAAGGCCUACCCCUUGGACAUGAGUCAAUAUCCUAGCCUGUUCAAUACUACCAGAAUCCCGGAGACUGACAAGGACAGGCUUUUCAAUAACCCAGAGGGAAAGCACAUCACAGUGCAGCACAAGGGCCACUUCUACGCGUUCAAGGUGUUGUCCAACGACAACGACAUCUUGCCCCCGGAUCAGAUAUUGGCCAGAUUGAAGUACGUACUGGAGGAUACCGUGGAAACAUGCGAGUUUCCUGUCGGCAUCCUGACAACAAUGGAACGAGAUCAAUGGGCUACAAUUAGGCAUAAUUUAGCUGAGGAUGGCAAUGAUGCUCAUUUAAAGUUGAUUGAUUCUGCUUUGUUCAAUGUGUGCUUGGAUGACAUUGCUGUUGGGGACGAUCCUUAUUUAGUUGUCAGGAAUUUCCUUCAUGGUGAUGGAACCAAUAGAUGGUUUGAUAAGUCGAUCUCAUUGCAAGUGAGCAAGGAUGGAUGCGCCGCUGUCAACUUCGAACAUUCCUGGGGAGAUGGUGUCGCUGUCCUACGUUACGUCCAGGACAUCUACAAGGAUUCUUUGGACAAUCCUAGGGUCAGCUGCGACACCAAACCGUACGAUGACGACAUCAAAAACGUUAUACGCUUAGAUUUCAAUUUAACGGACUCCUGCAAGAUGAGUAUCGCCCAAGCCAAAGAGGAUUAUAAGAAGACGACCAAGGCACUGGAUAUUGAUUAUUUGAUUUUUGAUAAGAUUGGAAAGAAUGCUUGCAAGAAGCAAUCUCUUAGUCCUGAUGCUGUCAUGCAGCUUGGUUUCCAAGUUGGCUACCAUAGAUUGACCGGCAAAUUCGUGCCCACCUACGAAUCCUGCAGCACUGCCGCCUUUAAGCAUGGCAGAACUGAGACUGUACGUUCCUGCACUUCUGCCACUAAAGCGUUCUGUCUGGCCAUCAACGGGGAACAAAAGGCCAGCCCCGCCGAACUGGAGGGCUUGAUCGCCGAGUGCUCGAGGGUGCAUAGCCAGCUAACCAGGGAGGCCGCAAUGGGCCAGGGAUUCGACCGUCACCUAUUCGCUUUGCGCAAGAUCGCCGAUCGCAAGAACAUCAGAUGCAACAUUUUUGACGACAAGGAUUUCGAAUAUUUGAACCACAUCAUCCUUUCUACCAGCACCCUUAAUUCACCAGCAGUUUUCGCUGGUGGUUUCGGGCCGGUCGUCAAGGAUGGUCUGGGAGUCGGGUAUAUUAUUAAGGAUGAUUCCCUGGGGGUGUUGGUCACUAGCUAUCCUCCCUAUCAGAGCGGGUCCGACUUCAUUUAUUCCUUGCGGGAUACUUUCGAUGACAUUCUGGAUGUUAUUACUAGGGAUUAAUUUAACGAAAAAGUAUUUUUCUAUCUGUAUUAAAUUUGAUGUGUUUCUCCAUUUAAAUCAAUUGCGGUGGGGGAAAUUGUUUAAAACGAUGUUAAGUCAUCAACUCAAUUGUAUUUAUUGCCUUCCAGGUAUGUUGUGCCUUUUAUUGUAAAAUUUAAAGGUGCUUGCAAUCAAUAAAGUUAAUUAUUCAAAGUUUACUGAGGUUCAUAUUGACAUGUUUUUAUAUAUUUCUAUUUUAAAUAAAAAAUCCGUUGACAGUU